GAGGGAGAGAGAUCGUGUGAGUGAGGGGAAUGUUAGAGAAUGUGAGUUUGAUAGAGAGAGAGAGUGAGAGAGAGAAUGAGAGAGAGAGAGACUGAUUGAAUUAAGUUCUUAUGCAAAUUUACAAUACCUUGUUGAAAAAUGCAAGAGGGGCAGCUAAAAGCUAGGGAAAAAUAAGAUAAUGAGCGAAAGCUUUCUUUAUUAUUUAAUGAGAAAGUCAUAGAGAGAGACUAAGAAUAGAGAAUGAGAGGAUGCAAUUUUUAAUAAGAAAUUACUGGAUUAUACCUGGUAUCCAAGCAAAUCGCCUCCUAUUAUGCAUUUAUUUAAUUGUAAUUGUUUUUCAGUACGUUAUUUUUAUUUUUACGUUUUACGUUUUAUUUUUUUUGGAAUUUUAGUUUAGUUUUAAUUUGUCAAAACCUAUUCAAACUAAAUAAACGAAACUUACAGCACUAUCUGACCACUCUCCCCUACCCCUCGCGUUCGGUCAUAUUUGUUUGACAAAUACAAAUAUAGCUUGACGAUUUGCUCAAAUAUUUUCUUAGUAAAUAUAGCAAUAAAACAAAUACAUAAAUAAAAAUUAUCGAAACAAACAAAAAUUGAAAACGGGUGUUCAAAGUGGUGACUCAGUUACAUGGACGUUGAAGUUGUUCUUCCAUCACUUUGGAUGCUCAGCUUUUUCAGCGUAGCAGAAUCUGCUUGUAAGCAUACCAUUUCACAUCUUCCGAUUUUUUGCAUUGACUUAUUUUUAUAUUACUUGCCAUACGUUUUGUUUCAAAGAAUUAAUAUAUACAAUACCAACAUGCAAAGAAAUGAACAUACAAACCAAAAGUUGUAAUAGCGGCUAUACAAGAAGUAUUGGUACUAUUGGUUUGCGUACUGGUCCUUAUUUUUGUCGAAACGAGAGAUGUGAAAUUGUUCAUUUGAAAAUGUUAAGUUUUUGAUUUUCCCAGCUGUAUUCUUAAGACCCUUUUUUGCACCGAUAAGAUUUCAUAUAAAUGACUAGAAUUUCCCAAAAAGAACAGUCCCUAGGACAUUAUGCCUUGGAAAAGAGAGAAAUAUACACUUUUUCGGAUAUCCAGAUAUUUUGUAACAGUACACAACACAAUGAAGAAAGCGUACUUGCAAGGUGUGAGAUAUGUGUCCAAUCUUAGGCCCAAUAAUUUGCAAGAGGUUUCAAUUUUAUCACUUUUUAGUGAAAAGAGGAAUUUCUGGCUCUUAUCAGAAUUUGAGUGGAACCUUUAUUCCAAGUGCCUUUGCAGAAUAGGUCUAUAACAGAGCAGGACUUUGGCUAUUACUACAAAUGGAGAGUCAUCAUCAAAUUGAUACGGUUUGGCAUUCUCUGUAUUUAUCCCUUUCAAACUAUUUACCAGGUCAUUGUCAGACAGAAUGAAACAUACAGGACCCAACAGUGAAUCCGGGGAACACCUCACUUUAUCUCUCAAAGUUUAGACUUCUUAUUUUGCCACUUGUCGAAGGGAAGAGCUGCAGAAGCCUGCAGCCAUUCCUCUUAUACCAUAUUUCGAUAAUUUAUCUUUCAGCAAUUUAUGAUUUAUUGUGUCAAAUGUGCUAAGAUCACAUGUGUUUGACUUAACUUGAGUUAGUUUUCCAGUGCACUGAAUAUGCAGUUUAUGACUGCAAACUUCAGGCAUUUUCAUGGUGGCUGUUCGGACAAACGGUUCUUCCUCAAUAUCGAAGUAAAAAUAUAUAUAAUAAACAAUUUUCUAAUUGCAAUUGGGCAGACGUUUGAAAUAUACACAGACGUUAAAAUAAGAAAGCGUGGAUGAAAAAACAGUUAUGAUAAGGUCUUGACUACAUGGAAAAAGGCACUAUCCAUUGGUGUAAUACUGAAACACGUCUGAUAAACACACCAUGGAGAGUAGGAGGACCAGGAUGAGCGAAUGACCAAAUUAGAGAUUAAAAUGUGGUUUUAAUAUUUCGAAAUUUGGCCGUUACCGAUAGUCUUCCUAUCCUCGCAGGGUUGGACAUUCAGUCACGUUUCGGCAUUUCGUCAUCUUCUUUGGUGUUUUUGAGUUCUUAGUCACAGUGAAGAGCGCAAAAUGCCGAAACAUGUCUGGCAGACUAGCCAAGCAUGGAUGGGCAGGCCAAAAGUAUCGGUAACGACCGAAUUUCAGGCACGUCGACCUACACAUCACAGAGAAAUCUCAUCACAUAGUAUUUUGACUAUGAUUUGAACAUAUAUUAAAAUUUUAUUCAAGCAUUGAUAUAUUUGAUGUAUCAAUUAUUGGUACUUUUGAAUAUAACAAAUGAUGUUAAUAUGAAUUUUUACUAACGCAAAAUUUCUUCUCUAGAAACUGCCGAAGGGCUCGAUUUUAAUCCUAAUUGAAAAACAGGCAGAUAGUUUUCGACCUCUUAUUCACUCAAAUAAUUUCAGGAAAAAUAUCCAUAUUAUUUAUUUAUAAAUAUCGAUAUUUGGUGGGAUUUGCUAUAAAAGUCAGGUUGAAAAUAGUUAACUCCAAAGCGCAGGACACCUCCUCAAAACAGGAUUCCCCAUUGGUCGUGGGCCAGUACAGAGACCACUCCUCCUUCGAGUCAGAAAAAUAUAAUCGUCCUUCACGUAGUUCGAUCCUCUGGAAUGGAUGCUCACCAUUGCGUUUCAGAAUGGGUGAGACCAUCUCCCGGGAAACCGGACGUAAAGAACUUCAACAACAUGGAAAGAAUCACAGCCACUCUGACGACGAGGGAGCUUUGGAGGGAGUUUAACAGCUUAGGCACUGAGAUGAUAGUUACAAAAUCUGGGAGAAAAAUGUUUCCAACUUUUCAAGUGAAGUUUAGCGGGAUGGUGCCUGAUUCUACGUAUGUCCUAAUGGUUGACUUUGUCCCUCUAGACGACAAAAGAUACCGAUAUUUAUUUCACAGUUCAAGCUGGGUUGUCGCAGGAAAGGCUGAUCCAAUCAGCCCUCCAAGAGUGUACAUUCAUCCGGAUUCUCCUGCUACAGGGGCUCAUUGGACAAGACAAGUAGUGUCAUUCGACAAGCUUAAGCUCACAAAUAAUCAAUUGGACGACAAUGGUCAUAUAAUAUUGAAUUCAAUGCACCGUUAUCAGCCACGACUGCAUGUACUUUUAAACCAAGAAGGUGCACCUUUUAGAACUUUUCUUUUCGCUGAGACAGAGUUUACAGCAGUGACUGCAUACCAAAAUCAGAGGAUAACCCAACUGAAAAUUGCAAGCAACCCAUUUGCAAAAGGUUUUAGAGAGUGCGAUCAAGAUAUUUGGUGAUUCUGUUAAUCACAAUUCAGCGAAGAAAACUUUAACCUGUAUGUACAUUUGUAAAGUGUCAGAUUAUAAUAAAACCAAAUCAUUAUAUGUA